AUGGAUGCGGUCGAUCUAGUCGUUGUCGGCUGUGGUUGGAAUGGCGUUGCAAUGGCGAAGACGGUGUAUCCUGGGUUGAACACGAACAAUAUUUUGGGAUCGUACGAGUUCAGCGACUUUCCAAUGGACCCUUCUCUGGUUGGCAGUCGGCAAAGGGCACACAUUCCGGGUGAAGGAGUCCAUAGAUACUUCUGCGAGGCUGUCCAGUACUUUGACCUCGAACGUUUCUUGCUCCUACAGACCAAAGUUGAAACUGCGACUCUACGAGAUGACAACUUGUGGCAACUCUCCUGCUCUUCCACGUUGUCUCCGGGUUCGCAGAGCAGUCUGCUUGCGCGAAAGCUGGUUAUCGCUACUGGCCUCACAUCCGAGCCGUAUAUGCCGACAUUCCAAGGACAGGACUCAUUCCAAGGUCUGCGAAUACAUUCGAAAGAAUUGAAACCUCGCGCCGAUGAUCUUUCGAAAUGCCAAAAUGUGGUGGUAAUUGGCGGGAACAAGUCAGCGUGGGAUGUAUGCUACAGCGUUGCUCGACGUGGAGGAAAAGCACACAUGGUAAUGAGGCCUUCAGGAGGUGGGCCAAGUUGGGUCUGGCCGAGGAGAUUAAAGUGGUUUGGAUGGCAAACGUCUUUACCAAGGCUUACCAUGAUUCGGAUGUUUACUCUUUUCGACCCGUGGCCAUUCGCCGAGAAAGGGACGAUCUGGAGCAAAGUCAGAGACUUCUUACAUCAAUCCACGCUGGGGUUGGCGAUCACCAACGCUUUCUGGAAACUACUUGGGCGACACAUAUGUCGAAUCAACGGCUACCGCGAACACAUCGGAACUGAGAAACUAGAACCUUGGGCGUCUACGUAUUGGAUGGGCAACUCACUAAGCACUCUCAAUUACCCGAGUGACUGGUUUGAACUUGCGAAGAGUGGGAAUAUACGGAUACAUCAUGCGGAUGUGGCUUCUCUUUCCGGAAACAGUGUAAAACUGACAGACAGGCUUGUAGAGAACGUUGAUGCCUUGGUCUGCUGCACUGGCUGGAGCGCAUUACCGCCGAUUGAUUUCCUGCCCUCCGAAGCCAGGGAGUUGCUGGGUAUUCCGCAGAGUGAACUAGAAUCAGAGUCUUUGCUCGCGCGGGAGGCACAGAACUGGAUUCUGGACAAGCGCCCAUAUCUGCGCAACACUUCUCGGGUGGUACAGGACACUGUGGCGGGGGAGAAACCAUCCUCGAAAGAAAGAACGACUCCGUAUCGACUCUACCGCUAUGUGGUUCCGAGCAGCGAGCGACUGCUAGGAGCCAGGAACCUCGCUUUCGUCGGUAUCGAUUUCUCACUUCAAACCGUUGUCCUUGCACAAGCGCAGGCUCUUUGGAUCACUGCUUUUUUCAAGGACAGACUACCGCACAUGCGCGGUUCGGCCUUGGAUCACAAGCAAAUCUUACAUGAUACGAUCCUCCAGUCGGAAUACCAAGAGCUGCGUCGACCGAAAAUCGCAGGCGGGGCAGGUGAAAAGUUCCCUGAUCUGGUCUUCGACAGUAUACCGUACGUCGAUAUCCUCCUCGGGGAUUUGGGUCUCGAGGCGAAGAGGAAGGGCAAUAAUUUCAGGGAUCUUAUGACGCCGUAUACUCUCAAACAUUAUAGAGGGUUGGUGCAAGACUGGUUGAGGACAGUCGAGAAGUGA